UUUCUUUCUUUAUGUUCUGUAAUUAUAGUUUCUAUUUAUUUCUCCAUUGUCAAUUGCUAAAGCUAUAAAUAACCAUACGCAUCACCCAUCUCUAUUCGUACUCAUUUCUAUAUUCUUGUUUUAUAUUGGAAUAUCAAAAUAACAACAAAUGGCAAAUCAAUCAGCCCCACCUCGUCCAUGGUUUCGUUUGCCUUCAAUAGCCCGCCCAGUCCCUGAACCUGCUCCAACACCAGCACCUGAGCCAGCUGCUCCCCAGCCUCGUCCGCCUCUCGCUCGACCUGCAUUUAGGCCAGCUGGUGAGUCUCCGUCUCCACCAACUCAACCUCAAGGUCCUACACCUGCCCGACCAGGUGGAGGUGUGGGAUCAGUACCAACUUCCCCAGCUCUGAGGGCAUCUGCCCCUUCCGCUUCAUUGCCUACUUCUCCGGCUCGAACCACCACAGCUCGUGUUCCUAGCCCUGAACCAUCUCCAAGAACCAUCAAGCCUUCGGUUCAAAGCCCACCCCAAGUAACAAAGCCUAAGCCCACCACUCCACCCCCUUCUCCUCUGAUUUUACCAUCUGCCAAGAUAAGAGCUGAAGCAGGAAAUGAAGCUAUGAUCCCAUUAGAGGCAGAGCAAAAAACAGUGCUAGUUCAAAAGACAAUUGACAAGCCCAAGCCCUUGCCAAAAGACAGCGACUCAGAGAGAAAUCUCGUAGAUGCUCUCAAGACCAGCAUUUCACAAGAUAGGAAGCAAGAAGCAUCAAAAGAUGCGCAAACAAAAGAAAAAGGCCAACGAAAGAAGACUUCUCCAGAUUCUAAAGAUAGAAGCAUGAGGGUAAUCACAAUAGCUGGUGAAAACAAAGGAGCCUUCAUGGAAGUAACCCGCUCUCCUAAUAAGAAACACGUGUUCGAGGGCAAUCAGUGGAGAAGCUAUAGCAGCAGCGGAGAAGAAGGGAAACCAAAGAUGAAGGACGAGGGUCACAAAGGAAGGACAGUGGCAUAUACUCCAAUGGGUGCAUUUAUAAACAGUAACGUGCAAGGUGUUAACAACUCCAUUUUGUACGAGUCAUCCUGCACCCUCCAUGAUCCUGGAGUCCAUCUUGCUAUCUCAACAAAACCCCCGAGAGGCUGGUUCCACAUUAAGGACGAUGGGCACUAAAGUUAAGAAAAUGGGAGGAGAAAGGAAUCUGUUUUAGCAACAGAAGAUAAAGAAGCGGCUUAAUUUUAGUUUGAUGUGUGGUCUAAGGCUACAGUAUGAAGUAAUGAUAAUAAAAUUGAAGUUAUUUGAGUGAUGGUAAGAAAAUUAAGGGGCAUGGAUUCUGAUUCUUGGUUGUUAUGUUCCACUUUAAGUGGACUACAAUUGAAGAUUGUUUCAUUGUCCAUUGUCCAUAUUCCAUAUUAAGUCAUAUAUGGGGUGGGGUGACACUUAUUUAUAUGCACAAAUGGUAAUGUAAUAAAAAGUUUUUUUCA